AUGGCCCGAUUGAAGAAGUUGUUGGCACAUGAAUUUGAGAUCAAGGAUCUAGGAAAAUUGCAGUACUUCUUGGGAAUUGAGGUUGCUAGAUCAAAAAGAGGAAUCUUUAUUUCUCAGAGGAAGUAUAUUCUGGAUCUCCUGAAAGAAAGUGGUAUGACAGGUUGCAGACCCGCAGAAUCGCCCGUUGAAAGCAAUCACAAGUUACAAAGCGGAGUUGGAGAGUCAUCUGCUCCUGGAAAAGGUCUACUUUUCUCCAAACAUGAUCACCUCCAAAUAGAAGCCUUUACAGACGCAGAUUGGGCUGGAUCUCUGGAUGAAAGAAGAUCUACAUCCGGUUACUGUACGCUCGUAGGAGGAAACUUAGUUACUUGGAGAAGCAAAAAGCAAAGUGUAGUUGCUAGAUCAAGUGCGGAGGCAGAAUAUAGAGCUAUAGCCUAG